GGUCAAAAACACUACAUAAUUCCAGACAAGACAUUGUUUUCGGUUGCUUGUACAUCAUUAUUUAUACCUUUUUUUGGAAGUACAUACCGGGCGUGACGGCAGUAAAUGAAGAUAAUUGCUCAGCCAAACAGAUAAUUGCUCAGCCAAACUCCAUAUUUGACGCUGGAGCAGGACGAGGAAUAUAAGACCAGUCGCACGUUGUAGCAGCUCACAAAGCAGGCGAGCCUGUGAGAAUAUUUAGCUUAACGUUACGCCUGCAGAAGAAUUUGUGGAAGAAUUGAGAGAAACCGCAGCAUGGUGAAUCAAGUGCAGAGAGUCGAAGACACAUGGCGAACAUGCAGCAAAAGCGACUCAAGUGGCGCGAGCAACAGCGGUUGCGAGAGUUCCAAGGAAAGCUCUCGCUCCUCGACGCCGGUGUUGGACACCGACCGCACGGACAGGCUACGGGACAAGAUGCGCCGCCGGACGGAGUCGGGCGACCACUGGUUUUCCCUCGAGUUCUUCCCCCCUCGCACUGCAAGUGGAGCUGUCAACCUCAUCUCUAGAUUUGAUCGCAUGGGCUCAGGGGGGCCCCUGUUCAUAGACGUUACCUGGCAUCCAGCAGGGGACCCGGGUUCGGACAAGGAGACCUCCUCCAUGAUGAUCGCCAGCACAGCGGUCAACUACUGUGGCCUGGAGAGCAUUCUUCAUCUGACCUGCUGCAACCAGACCAAAGAGAAGAUCACUGGGUACCUGAGCAAAGCCAAACGCCUUGGCCUGAAGAACAUCAUGGCUCUAAGAGGAGAUCCUAUGGGGGCUGACUGGGAAGAGGAAGAAGCGGGCUUCAACUACGCCACAGACCUAGUCAAACACAUACGCUGCGAGUUUGAUGACUACUUUGACAUCUGUGUUGCCGGCUACCCCACUGGCCACCCAGAGGCGGAGAGUUACGACGAGGACCUGAGACAUCUGAAGGAGAAAGUGGACGCUGGCGCCGACUUCAUCAUCACCCAGCUCUUUUUCCGGGCUGACACCUUCCUCAAGUUUGUCAGAGACUGCAGGGCCAUAGGAAUCACCUGCCCCAUCCUACCAGGCAUCUUCCCUAUCCAGGGCUACCAGUCUCUGAGGCAGCUGGUCAAACUGUCCAAGCUGGAGGUGCCCGAGGAGAUAAUGCAGGUCAUCGAGCCCAUCAAGGACAACGAUGCGGCCAUCCGCAACUACGGCAUUGAGCAGGCUGUGGGCAUGUGCCGCGUGCUGCUGGAGAGCGGCGAGGUGCCGGGCCUCCACUUCUACACGCUGAACCGCGAGGUAGCCACCAUGGAGGUACUGCGGCAGCUGGGCCUGUGGAUCGAGGACCCCAGGCGGACACUCCCCUGGGCGGUGAGCGCUCACCCCAAACGCAAAGUGGAGGACGUGCGGCCCAUUUUCUGGGCCUCCAGACCCAAGAGCUAUAUCUACAGAACACAGGACUGGGAUGACUUCCCCAAUGGACGAUGGGGAAACUCGUCAUCUCCGGCCUUUGGUGAACUCAACGAUUACUACCUGUUCUACCUUAAGAGUAAGUCGUCCAAGGACGCCCUGCUGAAGAUGUGGGGUGAGGAGCUGACCAGCGAGCAGAGCGUCUACGAGGUCUUCACCAGCUACAUCACGGCCCAGCCCAAUGUUGCCGGACACAAGGUGAUGUGUCUGCCGUGGAAUGACGACCCGCUGGCCCCGGAGACCAACUUGCUGAAGGACGAGCUGGAUAAGGUAAACCGCAGGGGAGUCCUCACCAUCAACUCCCAGCCCAGCAUCAACGGCAAGCCCUCCUCAGACCCCAUCGUGGGCUGGGGCCCCCCUGGUGGCUACGUCUUCCAGAAGGCUUAUCUGGAAUUUUUCACCUCAAGCGAAAAUGUCACAGCUCUCCUCAAAGUGCUAAAGAAGUACGAGCCUCGCGUCAACUACCACAUCGUCAACGUUCACGGUCAGAAUACUACGAACGCCCAUGACAUGCAACCCAACGCUGUGACAUGGGGUAUCUUCCCCGGCAGGGAGAUUGUCCAGCCCACCGUGGUGGAUCCAGUCAGCUUCUUGUACUGGAAGGACGAGGCCUUUGCCCUGUGGAUCGAGCAGUGGGCCAAGCUGUACGAAGACGAGUCCCCAUCACGUAUGAUCAUCAAGUAUAUCCACGACAACUACUUCCUUGUCAACCUGGUGGACAACGACUUCCCUUUGGACAACUGCUUGUGGCAGGUCAUCGAUGACAUGUUUGAGCUGCUUGACAACCCCCCGGAGGAGCAACCCGCGGAGCAAACUGCAGAGCAACCCAACGAUGAGCAAUCCGACAAGGAACAACCUGGAAAGUAACCAUGGCGAUAGCCACCAAUUGAGCAACUUUUUUUUCUUUGGUGCUGCUUUUGAUAACUUUUCACUCAACAAACACCACAAAGUACUUAACUACAGUAUUAUACCAUACAGUAUAUACUUUAAAAAUAUAUACUUUAAAAAUAUAUAUAUAUUUUAUUAUCUGGAGGAUGGAUCUUAAUCAAGAGGUACUUCAGUGAAUGAAUAUGAUGACAAAUACAGUGCAUUUGGAAAGCAUUCAGACCCUUUCACUUUUUCAACAUUUUGUUCCGUUACUGGCUUAUUCUAAAAUGGAUGAUCCUUUUUUUAAUUUAAUCAAUCUACACACAAUACCCCAUAAUGACAAAGCGAAAACGUGAUUUAAAAAUAUUUGCAAAUUUAUGAACAAAAUAACUGAAAUACCUUAUUUACAUAAGACCCUUUGUGAUGAGACUUGAAAUUGACCUCUGGUGCAUCCUGUUUCCAUUUAUCAUCCCUGAAUGUUUCUACAACUUGAUUU